GAAAACAGCAGUGGCGAUCACGGAUCAGCAUCUGACCCACGCGGGCCCACCUUGGACUUGGUUGCUUGGAUGUUGAUUUUUGGCCAACACGGCAACUAUUACGAGUAUUAGGCCAACCACUGCUCCAAUCCAUUAGCCGCCUGCGUGUCGUUAUUACCGGCCACGCUCGCUAGCAACGGCGUUGACGCAGAGCCGCCGUGAGCCAUGGAGGAGAACGGUGCACGGGCAGAGACUGGGUCGACGCACCGCCGAAGCCAUCGCCUAUUGGACGGUGGCGUUUUGCGGGGACUGCUGUCCAAGCCGGAACAUAGCGAGCUCGUCGAUGCAUACCAGAAACUCAGCGAGGCGCGGGCUGCAGCAGCAGCGACUGGCGCGGAGCCGUUUCGCGCAGGGGUUUGCUUGCAGCGCUGGCGAAGUGACUUGGUCGUCGCUGCUCGUCAGUCGGCUGCACUCGGUUGGACACACAAGCACAGUGAGGACGAGGACGCGGAUCGUGAAGAGGCUGGUGUCGGCAGUGAGUUUGACAACGAACAAUCGCGACUAGACCAGCUGCUGGAGCUGUUCAGAAAGCCCCAUUUCAACGCCGUCAUGGAUACGUACGAUGCUGUCGAGAGCCAGAAGGAGGAGGAAGAAGCUCCAAAGUCUCUCUCGCCGUUGCCGGUCUCCCCUAAACAGGCGGUGGCGGACGCAAGCGCGGCGGCAGCCAGCAACGGAGCCGCCACCGCCAGCAGCAACGCCACCGGCGGCGGUGGAGAGCGUCCGGUCAAGCAGGUGGGAAUACGGCGCAACCCGAACGAGAAGCUCGGCAUCGUGCUGAAGGCCGACGGCGAUGACGUGGUCAUCUCGCGCAUCCUGAUCGGCCUGGGCGCCGACCGGCAGGGCCUGCUGCACGUCGGCGAUGUGAUCUGCGAGGUGGACGGCGUGUCCUGUGCUGGCCGUCUGGACCUGGCCGAGGAGCUGGUCCGCAAGGCUAAUGGCUCGUUUACUAUCAAGCUCGUCCCCUCUCCAAUGGACGUCGUGGAGCACGCGCCUCUGUUCUACCGUGCCCUGUUCGACUACGACCCGACGACGGACAGCGAACAUCCGUUCCAGAGCGGCGGGCUGCCGUUCACCAACGGAGACAUUCUGGAGGUGGUCAACUCCGAGGACGCCAGCUGGUGGCAGGCGCGGAAAGCGGACAGCGAGAAUCGCAAGACGGGCCUCAUACCGGCACGCGGCCUCCAGGAGCGACGUUUCGCCUCCAAGCGCAAUCCAUCACAGAACGGCAGCGGGGCGGCAAACGGAGGUGGCUCGGUGGGCUGCCUGGGCAUUCGCAAGAGCAAGCCGAAGGCAGUCAUGUACUCUUCGGCGCACAACGCCGACUUCGAUCGCCACGACAUCAUCACCUACGAGGAGGUUGUCAAGACGUCGCCGCAGCAACGACGCGUGGUGGCGCUGAUCGGCGCGCAGGGCGUCGGCCGUCGCGGCCUCAAGUACCGUCUGAUCACGGCGUCGCGGGAGAAGUACGCCACCACCCUGCCGACGACGUCGCGACCUCGCCGGGACGACGAGGAGGACGGCGUCCAGUACUACUUCUCCGGCGGCGACGGGAUGGCGCGCGAGGUGAAAACUCCAGCGUACCUGGAGAGCGGAGAGUACAACGGCUUCCUGUACGGCACCAAGACCGACUCGGUGCGCGAGGUCAUUGCCGAUGAGAAGAUCUGCCUGCUGGAUGUGAAUCCGAACGCACUGAAACGCCUACGCACUGCCGAGUUCAAGCCCUACGUCAUAUUCAUCAAGGCACCUGACUUUGAGACGCUGAAGGUCAUGCACAAAGAAGCAGCGGCGGCCAACAAUCAGGAGGCAGCCAACGCCUACACUGAUCAGGACCUGCACCGCACACUGCAGGAGAGCGAACACAUCGAGAAGCUCUACCAGCACAUGUUCGACACGACCAUCGUCAACGACAAUAUCGAACAGACCUAUCACCAGCUUCAGGAGCGCCUCGCCGAGAUCGACACCGACGAACAGUGGGUUCCGGCAUCCUGGAUGAUCUAGUGCGCAUCGCAGCCCCGACGUUAGGGAUGGGCCAGAAGGCCCGGUUUUCGGGUCAAGUGGCCCGGCUUUCGGGUCAAGUGACCCGGUUUUCGGGUCCGUAGCACCGGGCUUGUAGUUUCAUGACUUGAGGCACCCAGGAGCGUAAGUGUAGAGUGGCACAGGUAGUAGUCUGGUGGUGAGGUGUGAGAUAGAGAACAGCCGCUUUGAGCGUGUGUGUGUGUGAGUUUGAGACAAUUCAAAUUAGGUUUUAGGGUGUGCCUGCUGCCGCUGUGGUCGACCUGCCCUGCGCGCCACUAAUCUAUCUCAAUGCCCUUCUGCACCUUGUUCAUAUGUAGAAAGCCGUCGUAUCUCCAUAGUUUCCAAACGUCAAAGACUUCCACCUGCUUGUCAUCUGUAAGCCUGUAGGCCAUAGUCUCCACGCUCGUAUUAUUAUUAUUAUUAUUAUCUGUUUCAAUUUCUUGUCGAAACCGAACAAGUUUCACUGGCAGGUGCUAGCUACUGUUAAUAACUAGUUGGUUGUCUCGUUCUAGCAAUGAUCGUAUCUAGCCAAUGUGUUUAAAAAAAUGUGCAAAUGUGUUUACCCGAAUUCUUCUUCUUCAGUAGCAAUGCCGGUGGUGUCUAGCCACUGUGUUUGCGUAUUCGACAGUGCAGCUUUCCAAUUUGACCGGCAGUGAGCGUACUAGCAGAUAGGUGUGCGCUGCAGGCUUCCCGUCCGUACGCAUGCGCCGGUCUCUGCCUCGACGGGUGUCGCUCCCAACUCGGUCCGCUGCCGCCCGAAUAAACGAAUGCGAAUGGCAAUGUGCGGAGCUCGCUGACAGACUGGGCCUCGGAGAUGACGUUCUCGAGCGCAUGCCGCGGGCAGCGUGCGGUGUUUGUGCUGAUUAUUUACUGAGCCUGUUGUGUCACGAGUGCGCGACAUGCGCUUAGCUCAUUGUAGUCAAUCUACAUUUAAGUACUAUACUCCAAGGUGCAAUGCACUGAUGAUUCUAUUUUUUGACCGAUCUAUCUUUUUCUCCAAGUUCCUUCUCCUUUUUCUACUGCCCACUUCUGCGGAAACAUUUUUUUGCAGUCAAAGUUGCAUCUCAACAAUCAAUAGCUUUUUUUCACCGUAUAGCUGGCAGUAUUUAGUACUAUGGCCUUUUGUAGGCAAUUUAGUGCUCUGUCACUCUGGAAUUGUUGAUAGUGCUUGCAAGAAACUGUGUUGGUAGCCCCGGUUUUGGGCAGGACAAGUUAGGCUGAGUUUA